AUGCACGCAAAUAUAACUCUAUAUAGUUCCCUUAGGACUACAACUAUAAUGAUAUUUCUCGCAGUGCCGUAAUCGAGUAUGUACCUUCUUCUCUAGAGAGUGCCUGCCUUUUGCCUAUUGCUGUGUCCAUGGUCGUUCCUUCCAAUUGAACUGUAACUGGAAUCUUUCUUAUGAUCUUUCAUCGCUUGGGAAUCUCUUCUUCUCUCUCUCUCUCUCUCUCUCUCUUUCUUGAUCACCAUUUCGACAGAUAGCAAAGCUAAGUACACCCCCAAUAAACCCCAUACACAAACAUCUCCACUAUUUCCACAUUUGCUAUACAAUGCCGUUCAAUUGGUCUGACUUCGCUAGUACCCUGGUGUCUUUGGUGGUCACUUUGUGGGUGAAGGACUGGCUUCAAUUCUUCCCUGGCUUUGGAUGGCUCAGGCCCACUGCUUGGGCGGAGAGGUGGCAGGCCCAGCAGAUGGCCAACGAGGCUAGGUCGGACACUGAGGGGCAUCCGACGACAGACACUCCGCCGACCUCAAAGGAUAUGAAGGAUUUGCUGACCCAGCUCAAAGGUCUCCGGUCAGACUUGGUCGCUAGGGAGGAGGCAGUCCUGACCCGAGAGGAGAGGUACAGUAAUCUUGAGGAGCGGCUCUCAAUGAUCGUGGAGCGUCUGGAGCAGAUAUCUUCUAGCGAUGAAGGAAGUGCCCCUCGUGAGGGAGCGAUCCACCGUCCUUCGAGCUUACCGCCGUUGCACGAGCGAAGCUCGUGGGAUCAUAUCGAUGAUCCACGGUGGGUUUCCCGAAGUGUCUGAGAAGUGACCAUCAAAGACAACACCCAAUGAUCCCCUCCGGUUCGGGUCCAGAUCGGUAGGGGGGAGGGUCACCAGCGACGAACUCGCACUUCUACGCAGUGCUGGUGACUAGUAGCCUUCGGGCGAAGCUAAGACGAGUUCAUCUAUCAUCUCUUUGGUUUCCGAUGCACUGUUCCUCGGCGCUCCUUAGAGUCCUCAGCUCUCUCAACAACACCCCCCAACCCAACCCGACUAUACAAUCACCCCGGUGGCUUCGAAUUGGUUUGGCGCAACCAGGGGGGGAUAACUGAGUGCACGAGUUGACAGGCUGGCAAGCUUCGAUAUUAGGACAAGCUCACAUGUGAUCCCAGAUGUUUUAAUAUUUCGAACCCAUGCUCUGUACUGUAGUUGCCCAGGAUGUAGGGGCUCUUUCGCUUGUUGAGCGGUAGAACACGAGAUUGACGGUUUGAUUUCUCUGUUCCUCAGAACAGCACUGU